AUGAGAAAACCCAGUUUGGAGAGAGAGCUAUGUCUUCACCGGGGAAGUCCUGCUUUAGACAGCGGCGCCGGAAGCUCGAGAUCGGACUCUCCGCACACUCAACUGAGUCGACAAUAUUCUCCCAGUAGUUUUUCCGAACCGCCGCCUCCUCCUCCUCCCAGAUGCAGUUCCACGCCGCCGCCGCCUCCUCCUCCUCACGCUCCUUACUCGAAUGCCAUUACAAAUAUGCAACAUCUUUUCAAGAGGAUGUCUCCUGCUCCCGUGGUCACGCCGAGACCGCCAGCUGCACUUCCUGGAUCCGCUGGUUCGACAACUUGUUCUGGUCGGCAGCCAAUGGUCGUGCAGAAUGGACCUCAAGUUCAGCAACAAUUAACUCAACAAAUGCAAGCCCUUAGUUUAUUUCAAAGUUCUGCCCCCGUAGAACCGCCACCGCCUUAUCCUUUAGGUAGUUCAUCUCCUGGGCCAUUACCACCUCCCUAUCCAUCGUCUAUUCAGAGCCGACAAAGUCCGACUCAAGAUUAUAGAAAAAGUCCGUCUUCAGGCAUUUAUUCAAACCCGAAUUCGAUUGGUUCUCCUAGUCCAAUAACUGUAUCGGCAUCAGUUACUCCUACAAGCAGCACGGUCGGUGUUGCUCGUCCUACUCCCCUACAAGCUUGGGGAGCACGACAAGCUAAAACUCAGCCGCCAUUUAUAAUGCAAAGUGUUAAAAGUACACAAGUACAGAAACCCGUUUUGCAAACUGCUAUAGCGCCAACCGCUCCGCAGCCAGCAUCUCACGGAGUAGCUAUACCUCCUCCUUCUUAUGCAUCUUCUAUUCAACAGAAGCAGCAAACUCAGAUGCCAUAUUCUUUGGCACCGAGCAAACAAGUCGCCCCUGUUGGUUCCUCUUCUCCCAAACAACCUCCUGCAUCUCCAGUUACUACAACAGCGAGUCCGAUCUCAGUACCGACAACGGAACCUCCAAGCUACGCAAGCACUAUGCAAGCACUUGCAAUGCAAAAGGGAAUGGUCGUACCCUCAGCCCAGCACAUACAUCAUCCAUUACCUCCGCCACCUUAUUCAGGAGAAGAUGUCUGUCGUACAAUUUCUGUUGUUGACGGGCCGUCACGUUCGCUGGCGGCGUCUGCACAUCAUCCACCCCUCUCUAGAAAAUUUUCACCAAUCAUGCCUGGCGAGCCUAGGUCAGACAGUCCACUAUCUGUGUCUUCGACAGAAAGUGGGCGGGCUCCAUUAACGGCUUAUACCAACAAUAAUAGCAACAGUUACAAUAAUUUGAACAGCAAUACGGGAAUGCAAAACGGAAACAGCAACACAAACGACAGACGGCCAUCCCCCACGUCUGCGUAUAAAGUCAAUCAUCAAUCUCCCAUACCUGAAAGAAAGCAGAUAAGCAAAGAAAAAGAAGAGGAAAGACGAGAUUGCAAAGUUCGAAAUUAUUCACCGCAGGCGUAUAAAUUUUUUAUGGAGCAACACGUGGAAAACGUAAUCAAAAACUACAAGCAAAGACAAUUUCGACGAGUUCAAUUGGAAAGCGAAAUGAACAAAAUCGGUCUCAAUCCGGAGUGUCAAUCACAAAUGCGGAAAAUGCUCUCUCAAAAGGAAUCCAAUUACAUUCGGUUGAAGCGAGCCAAAAUGGAUAAGUCGAUGUUCAAAAAGAUGAAAACCAUCGGGGUGGGAGCUUUCGGAGAAGUCGCACUCGUUUGCAAAACGGAUGCCAAUCAUUUGUACGCCAUGAAAACGUUGAGAAAAGCCGACGUUCUCAAGAGGAAUCAAGUGGCUCACGUCAAAGCUGAAAGAGACAUACUUGCAGAAGCCGAUAACGAAUGGGUCGUUAAAUUGUAUUAUUCGUUUCAGGAUAAAGACAAUUUGUAUUUCGUUAUGGAUUACAUACCGGGAGGAGAUCUCAUGUCGUUAUUAAUCAAAUUGGGAGUUUUCCAAGAGAGUCUCGCUCGUUUUUACAUAGCCGAACUCACUUGCGCCAUAGAGAGCGUUCACAAAAUGGGAUUCAUUCAUAGAGAUAUAAAACCGGAUAAUAUACUAAUCGAUAAAGAUGGUCACAUCAAAUUAACGGAUUUCGGUUUGUGUACGGGAUUCAGGUGGACUCACAAUUCGAAAUAUUAUCAAAGAAAUGGAGAACAUGCGCGACAGGAUUCAAUGGAUCCAAGCGAAGACUGGAACAACGAAUGUAGGUGUCGACAAUUGAAACCUCUGGAGCGACGAAGGAAACGAGAGCAUCAAAGAUGUUUGGCACAUUCUCUCGUUGGAACUCCAAAUUACAUCGCACCGGAAGUUUUGCUGAGAACAGGGUAUACGCAGCUUUGCGAUUGGUGGAGCGUUGGCGUUAUCUUAUACGAAAUGGUCGUCGGGUCUCCUCCAUUUUUGGCCAACACUCCUGCCGAAACGCAGUACAAGGUGAUCAAUUGGGAAAAAACGUUAAACAUACCAAAAGAUGCCAAUUUGUCGCCGGAAAGUACGGACUUGAUAUUGAAAUUGUGUUGCGGAGAUGAUAAAAGACUCGGUAAAAACGCUAGUGAAGUGAAAGCUCAUCCUUUUUUCAAAUCCAUCGAUUUUGAAAAAGGUUUAAGGACACAAACCGCGCCUUAUUUGCCUCGUAUACAAAACCCUAUGGACACGUCAAAUUUCGAUCCCGUCGAUCCGGACAAGUUGAGACAAUCGGGAUCGUCGGAUUCGACAAAAUCGGACGAAUUGUUCGACAACGGAAAUCCAUUUCACGGUUUUUUCGAAUUCACGUUCAGGAGAUUUUUCGACGACGGAGGAGGACCGGCUGCUCCUUUCAGAAUAAGUUUGGACGACAACGAUAAUCAAGGACCGGUAUACGUAUGA